UAUUAAAAUUCUAAAAAUCAUAUUGAUCAGUUUGAAAGGUUCUAGUACUAUUGUCUGUAUAUCAGCCCUAAACUCUCUCUCUCUCCCUCUCUCUCCCCCCCUCACACAGCAACAUAUAAUUAAUGGCGAGGUCUUUGGAGGCUCUGAUGAUAGGGAGAGUGAUAGGAGAUGUUCUUGAGCCUUUCAAUCCAAGCAUAAAAAUGGGUGUAACUUACAACAACAAGCAAGUGAGCAAUGGUCAUGAAUUUUUCCCUUCAGCAGUUGCAACAAAACCUAGGGUUCUGAUUCAAGAAGGUGACAUGAGAUCUUUCUUUACUCUGGUGAUGACUGAUCCAGAUGUUCCUGGGCCUAGUGAUCCUUAUUUGAGGGAGCAUCUGCACUGGCUAGUGACAGACAUUCCGGGCACAACAGAUGCCACAUUUGGAAGGGAGGUUGUGAGCUAUGAAAUCCCAAGGCCUAAUAUAGGGAUCCAUAGGUUUGUAUUCGUCCUGUUCAAGCAGAAACAGAGACAGACAAUUGCAAAUCCACCUUGUUCAAGGAACAACUUCAACACCAGAGCUUUUGCUGCUGAGAACGAUCUUGGCCUUCCCGUUGCUGCUGUUUACUUCAAUGCACAGAGAGAAACAGCUGCUAGAAGACGCUAAUCUUCAUCAUUAAUUAAUAAUUAAUUGGGAUUAUUAGUCCAUGCGUCAAAGCGUGUUAUUUCUAUAU